CGAAAAAUUUGUUAUUUUCAACUAUAUAUUAUGUUACGCUUGCAAAAUAGAUGUAUAUAUAAUUAUAAACGUUAAGUCCGCUUUAAACGAUUUAUAAUUAGUGACAAAAUUCGAAACAGAAUUCUAUUUAUAUUUUUAUGCACCGCAUAUCCUAGUGUAUAUAUAUAUCUUCGAUGUAAACAUUAUCGGUUGAUAUCUCACAAGUAUGUUCAUUUCUUUUCAUAUCCACUCUUAAAAAAGAUAUAAUAAUAUUGAAUAAAAAGAGCAGAUAUUCAUAUUGAAUGCAAUGUGUAGUCUUGCAUAUAAUACUUGAGGAUGACGCAAAUCGCAACCGGGGUACCUUGAUUGACAUUGUGUUUGUCUGCUUUAAAAAUGCUGUCGAUUGUUUGACGAAUUUGGUACAAUAAUUACGAUCAGCAUUUCGGUGUUAAAAAGUUUCCCUAAAAACCGCGGGCCUCUACUGCGCAACUCGCAAGUCGCGUCGCCAUUGGUCAAUUUGAAAUUUUAUCGAUUCCCAAAAACUAUCGAGUAUAUCGAGGAUAUUCGAAUAAACGCAGUUGCAUUCAAUUCGAACUCAUCUUGUUGUGCGGUAGAUAAUAUUUAUUUUGUCAAUCCGACAAAAGAUAUCGUAUAAGCAUCACGUUACUCAUCGGCAGAAACUAGAAAUGGAGGAAUCCAUGAACAACGAGAUCGAUCUCGAGAAUGUCGAAAACUCGCAAUCAGACAUGAUUACCUCUCAUAUCAAACAGUUUGUAACAUUAAAAGAAUCGGUCAAAAAUUCCGAUAGAAAGGUACAGUAUUUAAAGAAGCAUAUGUCGAAUUUGGUCGACAGUAAUCGCAACAUUGAAGCGAACUUGGAAAAGCUAGAGCAAAACGUGUUUGACAUUGACACAAAGAUAUCGGCGGCCACGAAAAUUUAUGAUGUAAAGAAGCAAGAAUUGAAGAAUUUGGAAAGUGCAAGAGCAUAUACAUUGCGUAAACAAUGGGAUGAUUCCCUAUCGAAAAUAGGGAACUACGCGAAUGAUUUCUCCCAGUGGAUAACGGAAUAUUCGAGGAACAUCUUGAUGAAGGAUAUCGAAGAUCAUCAGAAAGAAUGCAAAAAAGUUGCCCAUGAAUUUGCAUUUCUGAAGGAAGAAGUGGAUGACAUGAGAAAAAAAUACAAUUUAAAUUGUAUUGAAGUUAAUGUGGACGUUGAUGAUUUACCGAAUUUUGAUACCGUAAUUUCUGAUAUCGAGUCGAGAAACAAUAAGUUAAUGCACAAUACUAGAUCUACGGAAGAUAAGUUAAAUAAGAUACAGAGGAAGCUAAAGCAGGGCAAAAUUGCAGUUAACGAAUAUAAGAAGAAGGAAAAUACAAAUAUGUUUUAAAAUAUUUAUCAUUUAAUAAACAAAAUUCUUAUUCUCUUCUUAUCUUUUAAUAAAAAUGAAUUCAAACAUUUCAAAAGGAUAUAAAAAUUAAAUUGUUAUAUCAAAUCAAAUUAACUAAUGUAUAAUUUAUGUAAUUUAUGAUAAUAGAUAAUUAAUAUGUGUACUAUAUAUCAAUGGUUUUCUUCAGUGUUUAAUUGUUCAAAGUAUUAAAUUCACAAAUCAAUCCAUCUUGAUAUAACUUAUUGAUUAUAUAAUUAAAAAUAUAAAUAUAUAUUUCUCCAUUUAUG